AUGAUGAAUUGUAGUGAUAUGGAUAGUAAUAAUGAUGAUAAUAGUGAUAAUGAUGAUAAUAAUAAUGGAAAAAAUUAUAUUAGUGAUGAUGAUGAUGAUGAUGAUGAUGAUGAUGAUGAUGAUGGUGAUGAUGGUUAUGAUAAUAAUGACGAUGGUAAUGUUGUUAACAAAAAAAAAAAAAAGAGAAAUGCAGUAAAAUUAUGGUAUUUACCAAUACUUCCCGUAAUAACUAUCGGUAAUACCAUAUAUGAAUGGAAUACAAGUAACGAUGACAAUUAUUUCAAUCAAAUGUAUUACACAUUACUCAUUUAG